AUGGCGAUGUUAAUCGACGAUGAAAUCGUCCUGCUGCCUUUGCACAGCGAACGUCUGGCGAAGACCGAAGCACAACGACAACGGCAAUGGCGACAAAACCAGCGCAAACACCGGCUCAAUGACGAGCUGAGUCGUCUGCCGGUGACCCCUUACUUUACCCUCGACACCGAAACCGAUUGCCACACACUGGCUCCAGCUCUGAUUCAAAUCGAAUUCGUGCCCGUUGACGACGACGAGGACGAGCAACAGUGUGCAGGCCAUAUUCCAUCCUUCAAAGAGGCUCCUCGUCUGGGGAGAUGGACCACAGGAACUGGCCAAGGUUGCCGUCCACCCUGUGUUCCAAUCGGUCGCCAUCGCCUCGCUCCAGUGGAUCUUCGUGCAAGAUCACUUGAAGGGCUGGUACAACGACCACCAUCCGCACAACGUCGAUUGUCCGAUGGCAUUCAUCGGCCAUGUGGCGGACGAUCCAGCCUGCACGUGUGUGCACCGACCUUAUAA